UAUAAGUGGAGCUGCUCCGGAGGGAGCGCAUCAGAGUCCCGCACACAUGGGGUCGGUUGUGCCCGCAGAGUCGCUCGCGCUGAAGGCCAGGUUCAGGUCUCAGCUGUGUGAGAUCAUCACCUCUGAUAUCCUGCACAGUUUUCUGUACGGUCGAUGGAGGAACGUGCUGGGAGAGAAUCCGUGCGAGGAGCAGCAGAGGACCGCGUUCACCGCCGAGGCUCUGGCGCAGUCCUUCACUGGAGAGGUGCAGAAGCUGUCCAGUCUGGUGCUGCCCAGCGAGGUCAUCAUCGCUCAGAGCUCCGUCCCUGGAGAAGGUCUGGGGAUUUUCUCCAAGACCUGGAUCAAAGCUGGGACUGAGAUGGGGCCGUUCUCCGGGAGGCUCGUGUCCCCUGAGCACGUGGACCUGAGGAAGAACAAUAACCUCAUGUGGGAGGUGUUUAACGAGGAUGGCACAGUGCACUGCUUCAUCGAUGCCAGUCAGGAGGAUCAGCGCAGCUGGAUGACCUACAUCAGGUGUGCCCGCAACGAGCAGGAGCAGAACCUGGAGGUGCUUCAGAUGGGCAGCAGCAUCUUCUACAGAGCUCUGGAGAGUAUUCCUCCGGAGCAGGAGCUUCUGGUUUGGUAUGGGAGUUCCCACAACACUUUCCUGGGUAUUCCUGGCGUUCCGGGCGCAGAGGAGGAGCCCCAAAAGAAGAGGAGCGCAGACGACCCUCAGGUGUGUGACGCCGCAUCUUCCUCGCUGUGCUCCUCUUCCUCCUCGUGUCGCAUGCGCUGCGUCAUCUGUCACCGUGGCUUUAACUCCCGCAGUAACCUGCGCUCGCACAUGCGCAUUCACACCCUGGACAAGCCCUUCGUGUGCCGCUUCUGCAGCCGUCGCUUCAGCCAGUCCUCCACGCUGCGCAACCACGUGCGUCUGCACACCGGCGAGCGCCCGUACAAGUGCACCGUCUGCCAGAGCGCGUACUCGCAGCUGGCCGGCCUGCGCGCGCAUCAGAAGAGUGCGCGACACAGACCCAGCGGAUCGAACUCUGAGGCCGCGCGCGUGCCAGCCGCUUCCCAUCCUGCACUGCUGCGCCACAUCCCCACCCUGGUGCUCUGAGAGAC